ACCGGAGAGACGGAGCAUGGCGGCGCGCAAAAAAGAAGAAUCGACGAAGCAGCGGUGUCAAGCGAACGCUCGAGAGAGGGAUCGCACUCAUAGCGUGAACACGGCUUUCAGCGCCCUGAGGACUCUGAUUCCGACCGAGCCGGCGGACAGGAAGCUGUCGAAAAUAGAGACCCUGAGGCUGGCGAGCAGUUACAUCAGUCACUUGGAUGCCAUACUCAUUGUGGGCGCGAUAGAUCAACCUUGCUCACGCCUCCUGGAGAACAGCGGCAUUUGCUCCACGAGGCCGCAAGUGUGCACCUUUUGCUUGGCUAUGCAUAAAAGAUACGUAAGUCGAAAACUCUAGCGGUUUACGUUUGGACUUGGUGUCUUGCCGGUUCCUCUCAUGUAGUGGCGAACGUGAAAUAGUUUUUCAUCCCAAAGUACGUCUGUGUCAGCCCUCUCACGUAAAAUAAAAUAAACUGUACAAAAUGUAUAGAAAUGUGUAUAUUAUAGAUAUUUUUAAUUACAAUUGAAAUAAAUAAGAUGAUAAUUCAAUGUCUCU